ACAUAAGAAGGGAGGUCUUUAUCAAUUUAAUUGAUAAGGCUGAACUGAGGAUAUUUAUUCAGAUCUUGUAGUGUUUUCUCAAUGCAGAGGAGUACUUUGUAGGCAAAAUGUACAAGAAAAGUAUUCUUUCCUUAAUAGUAACAGCGUGCAUUGUACAUUGCUCUGCGUUUAGAAGGAAUUCUUUGAUGGUAUGGCCGCCUCAUGUUGAAAAUCACCGACUCCCUCCGGACAUGUGGUUUAAACAAAAGCUAGACCACUUUGACCCGACGAACAUGCACACAUGGAAUCAGAGAUACCAAGUGAAUGAUUCAUUCAUCAAAGUCAAGCGGAACACCCCUGUUUUCCUAAUGAUUGGAGGCGAAGGGGAGGCUUCGGCAGAAUGGAUGGUGAAAGGCGCUUGGAUCGACUAUGCUAUGAAAUACGGAGCUUUAUGUUUCCAACUGGAACAUAGAUAUUACGGAAAAUCACACCCUACCCCAGAUAUGAGCACUCGAAAUCUUAGGUAUUUGAGCAGUGAGCAAGCACUUGCCGAUCUGGCUAACUUUAUUAAAGGGAUGAAUAAGAAAUUUGGAUUGACAGCUAGCAAUAAAUGGAUCGCAUUUGGCGGAAGCUACCCAGGGUCCUUGGCCGCUUGGCUUCGAUACAAAUAUCCUCAUUUGGUACAUGCUGCAAUUUCAACAAGUGGUCCACUUCUCGCAAAAGCUGAUUUUAAAGAGUACAAUGAAGUUGUAUCGGCCUCAUUGUCUACAUUCAGCGAUGAUUGUGUAACUUCUGUCCAUCAGGCUGUUAAGCAUUUUGAUAAGUUAGUUACAGAUCCAUCUGGUGCAAAAACAUUAACAAAAAAAUUUAAACUUUGCUCCGAUCUCAAUGUGAGCAAUGGAUUAGAUGUAGCCACAUUAGCCGACUCACUUUCAGGAAAUUUUGCCGAUGUUGUUCAGUACAAUAAAGAUAACAGAAUGUCAAAAAGCCCCACGGCGAAAAUAACUAUUGAUGAUCUUUGCAACAUAAUGGUCGACCGUGGCCUGGGAGAACCAUUAGAUAGAUAUGCAGCUGUUAAUAAAAUGAUGCUUGCAGCUACUAAAAGUGAAUGUUUAAAUUUUACAUAUUCUCAGCAAUUAGAGGAACUCAAAAAUACAGUCUGGAACCACACCCAAGCAGCUCGUCAGUGGAUUUAUCAAACGUGUACAGAAUUCGGUUUCUAUCAAACUUCGAGUAGCCCUGACGAACUUUUUGGUUCUAACAUCCCAUUGUCAUAUUUCACAAAACAGUGCCAAAAUAUUUUUGGCCCAGAGAUUAAUGAACAGGUUUUAAACAAUGGAAUAAUGAGAACUAACAUUAUGUAUGGUGAUGUCCAUUUAAAAACGACAAGAGUUUUAUUUGUUCAUGGCAGCAUAGAUCCUUGGCAUGCACUUGGAAUCACCGUCUCAAACAAACCCAAAAUACAAGCAAUUUACAUAAAUGGUACUGCUCACUGUGCUAACAUGUACCCAUCAUCACCAAAGGAUCCCCCUCAAUUGACUAAAGCUCGGGUUCAUAUCGUUAAUCAAAUUGGAGAUUGGCUUAGCAGGGACUAGUUCUUUGAUUUUAUUGUACAUAAAUGUAAUUAGUAUUUAGCUACAAAACAUGUACAAAUAAAAUAAAUUUAAUGUUGUAUUCAAAUAUGAAAAA